GGUGAUAAAGUCAAAAUCGAUUAUGUUGGAACUUUCAGGUCAGACGGGAAACAGUUUGAUGCAAAUAAAGGAUUCGAGUGCAAAAUUGGUGUCGGUCAUGUGAUUAAAGGUUGGGAUGAAGGUGUUGUGCAGCUCAGUGUUGGAGAAAAAGCUAAACUCAUCAUCACUUCAGAUUAUGCAUACGGUAGUGAAGGCUACCCAUUAAAUGUCCCCAAAACCAAAAAAAUUAUCCCACCUAAUGCAGAUCUAGUUUUGUAA